CGUUCUGCUGACCACACCGUAGUUGAUCAUCACUAAUCUCACGGUAAACAUUUUUGUCGCAUUUUUGCUCCGCAGGAGAGUGACUGUUUCUUCAUUCUUAUUCUUAUUCUUAGUUAGAAUUUAAGUUUGUGUGCGCGGCCAAGAAACUCCAACGCAAUGUGCACAACUCGGUGGAUUCUGGGUGGACUUCUUGUGGCCAUUGCGAUCUCACUGGGAAAUGCGGAUGUAUCCCAUGUUGGUGAGUCAAGUUGGCAAAAAAAUAUAUAUAUCUUCCCGAUUCUUUUGGGCAAAGCUCUCAGUGUGGGGGAUUUUUUUCUGCCUUAAUAAAGUGAAAAAUUUACGAGAAUUCUUCAUAAGGAGGUGGGUUCGGUGUGCUGGCAAAAUCUUAUGAUUUUGCACACCAAUUUGCACUCUUGUGAUUUUUUUUCUUAUAAAUCCACGAGAGUUAUUAAUGCAAUUGACAUUGGACUUGAGGUGGCAAAGACAGAGUAAGAGCAUAAAAAUGUGGUCAUUUUUUUUUCAAAUUAAUAAAACCACAUCACCAAAAAAGGUGGGAGACACCUUACAGUGAAAAACACAUUUUUCUGGCUUCUUUUUUUAACUUCUUAAUCUUCCACAAGCCAUGGUUGAGCAAGAAACCGGAUUUUCUCGAAUGUGAUUUAUUUAAUGGUGAAGAAGAAAAAUUAUGUACAAUCGUGGAAGCAUCAUUGAAAAGAUGUUAAAAUAGUAUUUUAUGCGAAAACUAAUCACAAAAAUAUUUCCGAGUAUUUUUUUUUGAAGCGUCCUUGUUGUGGCGAGGAGAAAUUCCAGUAAAAAAAUGGAGAUAAUGCAAAACAAAAUAUUUUACUUGAGAGAUGACAUCGUGUGUGACCUCGGUGACCUUUUUUACCAAUUGCAUUCAUUAAUUUUCUCAAUAUAGCCGGGUGUUGAGUUAAAAAUCACAAGACUAAAAUUCCGCAGAAAUAAUAAAAAUCUUAUGACAUCCCAAUAAACAUUUUGUUGAGGCAAAUAAUUUUCCAACUCAAUUUUUCUUCAUUUAAUUGAGGGAAAAUUGUGCAGCAAUUGUGAGGGUUUAGAUUUGUUGCUUACGUGGAGAUUUUGCAUAAAAUAUUGUUUGUAGCGUCUUCGAGGACCUUUCACAGAUUUUUUUUAUUAGGUUUUAGAGUUCUGCUAAAAUAUUCAUCAACAAAAUUGAUCAAAUUUGGUUUUAUUAUUAAGUAAAGAGAGCUAUUCACACUUUGGGGGAAGAAAUAAUAACAAUAUAAGAGGAGUUUAUUAACCUCAAUUUAGUAAAUUUAAGGAAACUUUUCUUCAUUAAAUUUUUUUUUAAGUUUUAGAGUUCUACUAAAAUAUUCAUCAACAAGUUUGUGCAAAUGUGGCAAAAGAAAUAAAAUUGAUAAGAGUUAUUACUAAUUUAGUUAAUUUAAGAACAUUUUUUUUUUACUUUUAAAAGGUUUUAAAAUACUCAAAGCUUUCUUUAAACCUUCCUGUUGUCUAAAACUUUUUGAAUAUUGAAGGAAACGGCAAUGCAUUUAAUCGAUUAAGGCCAACAAAGUUAAUGAAUUUUCUGGAUUUAUUUUCAUAAAAUUAACAAAUGUUAGGAUGAUAAAGAAGGGAUAAAAUGAUUAAAUAGGAAUCAAUUUUAAGGAUAAAUCCUUAACUAUUUUUUCUUCAGGAAAUUUUAAUUCAUAGUGAUUCAGGUGGUUAAUUUUUUUUAUUCUAUAGUCCAACCUUAAAAACAAAAUAAAGAUAAAAUUUAUUAUUGUUUUAGUGAAAAUUUUAUUACGUUAUUAAUUGAAAAGAAAGCAUAAAAAUUCAGUUCACUUCUUUAUUUAGGUUUUUUCUUGACAUUUGGAGUAUGUUUAAUUCCUUCAUCAGGUCUACAAUUCUUUGGAAGGAAUAAUAAUUUAUUUAGGACUUGAAUAGGUUAGAUAAAAAUUAAUAAAAUAAUAAAAAGAUCUUCUUCAACAGCAAUUUUUUCUUAGGAAAUUAAUUAUCUGGAAAAAACUGCCCAAUAAUUGUCUCAAUUUGUUAUCACAAAUUGGCUCAAAAAUUGAGAUCAAUAUUUGCUCAAAUAAAUAUAUAAUUUAUUGCUUCGUAAACAAAUAGAAAUGUGAAUAUUUUCUGCUAAUAAUUUACUCUAUAAGAUUUGUCUCUCUGGAAGUUUCAUUGAAGAAAUUUUUGAGAGUCAAAUAGGAAGUGUUUGUGGCUGUGGCAUAAGUGUGAUACAUUCAGGGUCACCAAAAGACGUCAAUAAAAUAUAUAUUUUACGCCUAUCUUGAGACUUUAGAGGAAAAUUUAUUCCAUAUUUUUUUAAUUAGUUUGUAAUGUGAAAAUAAUUGCAUUUUGCCAUUGUUUUAAUCUCUUUCUCUGAUCUAUUUUAAAAAUCAACGUCUUCCCACUGUUUUACACGCGGCUUUUCUUUCGCGCGACUUGUUCACGUAACGAUUUGUAAUUUCCAGAGGGAGGGGGGCAAUUGAUGUCCCUCCCACAAUUUUUUUUAAAUUCAAUUUUGUAUUCAAUUGAUCGGCAAACGAGAGUGAAAACUGCGUAGAGAUUUUCCCACGCACUGCGAGAGCGAAAGGUUUUUCUUCUGAACUCGAGAAAUCCGGUUGAAUUAUUUUUUUUUCCUUUUGGAAUUUGAUGGGAUUUUUUUUCUUGCUUCUGGUAGUUUCAGGCAAUCAAACCCCUCUGACGGACAUCUGCCUGGGAUGCAUUUGUGAGGCAAUGUCAGGGUGCAAUAGGGCAGCAGCCUGCGAUGGUAACAUCUGUGGACUCUUCAAGAUCACCCACCCCUACUGGGUGGAUGCUGGGAAGCCAACACAGUCUGCUGAUUCUCCCGAAGCCACGGGAGCUUUUGCAAAUUGUGUUACAGAGCCCUUCUGUGCUGGACGCACCGUUCAGAAUUAUAUGAGUAAAUUCGGGCAGGAUUGCAAUAAAGAUGGCGUGGUGGAUUGUACGGACUACCUGUCUAUCCAUAUUCUCGGUGGCUACGGAUGCGGUGGGGAGAUUCCGGCUAAAUUUACAAAUGCCCUCAAUCAGUGCCUCUACCAAGCAAGCGCCUUCCAGAAUUCCUUUGGCAAAUAGACAAAGAAAUCAAGCAGAAAAAAGCUCCCUCCUCACAGAGCUUUCCACAUAAAAACUUCAUUUUCAGAGCCUUUUUGGAGAAAGAAAAAACAAUGAAAAUUCCUUCUGAAUCACUCGAAAUCUCAAGAGAUUAAAUGCCAUUUUUUCUUAUAGAA